AUUUAUUCAACGAGCUCGCUCACUACAUACCCAAGCGCCGACUAGUGCAACGAUCAGCAACUCUCGACAAUCCCGUUCAGCUCCAUCCGCCCGGUCCGUACAUCCGGCAUCAUCUCGGCGGCCAUCGAAAAAGUCUGCAGAAAGUUACGAAGACGAAGUCGAUGAGCUGGACGAGUUAGCGGACGAGGCGCAUCCGCCCGCCCCUGGAGCAAGCAAAUUUAGCGCUUCUCGCGGUGGUGGAAAGAUCGCCGCUAAGGCCGCCCACCCGGGUGAGAGCGACGCCGGUUCCGACGGCACACCUGAAUUGGAUGAGGUGUCCCUGGCAGCUCUGGCAAUGUCAGUCGGAGGAAGUGCCAAGAAAGCCCUAACGCAUGCUUGCGACCACUGUGGGAAACCAUUUGGACGCAAGAGCGACCUGACGAGACAUCGUCGAACUCACACCGGCGAACGACCCUUCCCUUGUGAUGCACCUGGAUGUGGGAAGGCGUUCAUUCAGCGUUCCGCCCUUACGGUCCACCAGCGCAUACAUACUGGGGAAAAGCCACACACGUGCGAGUACCCGGAUUGCAACAAAACCUUCAGCGACUCCUCCUCGUUGGCCCGCCACCGCCGCAUUCACAGUCACGAACGCAGAGUGACCUCUUUUCCCUGCGAGGCCAAAGAUUGUGGGAAAGUAUUCACUCGUAAGGCGAUGCUAGCGAGCCAUAUGAAGGUCCAUGAACAACAGUCUCAAGCGGGAAAUUCCCGUUUUGUCAAUACUGCUGCUAGUGGCCCCAGUGGCGGUGGUGCUGAAAGCAGCAAUUCCAAACGAAAGCGAGACGACAAUGAAUCUAGUCUGCCGCAUCAGAAAAAGAAAAAAAUGGCGAGCGGCGUUAAAGAUUUCUCAAGUGGGUGGGCCAAGGCGCCAUCGCUCAUUGCGAGUCGCACCCACGCUCAGCAUGAUCGGGGAUCAGCCCGGACUGCUCCGUCGCCGUCGCCGCCUCGGCCUGUUCCGAAACAGAAGCGAGGUUUGGCAGAAGUCCUAGCUGAAGCUCGAGGUGCUUCUUGGGCUAGGGGACCUCCCACAUCUCGCGCCACGGAUCUUGAACAUAUCUUGGGCGGAGGCAUUUCCGGACCCAGCACAUCAAGAAGGGUUGCACCUUCACCACCUGUUGCUGUUGAUGAACUUAUGGACGAGUUAGAAGAAGAGGCUUCUCCCCCUCCCGGUAGGGGGAUAGAUGCUGAAGAGGAUCAGGAUGAUCUUCUUGAUGCAAUCGACGAAGAUAUCGAACGUGAACGGUCUCGAAAUGCCAGGAAGGACAAGGGCAAUGUGGCGGCGGCGCAGGACGAUUCCGAGUUUCUGACAGAAUGGCUUGGCGAAGACGAACGCGGCGGUGCGAACGCGAACGGCCGGGCCUCGACCAGUGACAAAUAUAUAGACGACUCUUCUGGCACGGAUGAUGAUGCAUUAGCUGACCUAUUGUAGGAAAUUUUUACGAAGUCGAUCUUUUUUUUGUAACUUCCAUAAUACCUGGAUUAGAGUAGCAUUUCACCUUCGUAGGUACUGGGAAGUCGAUAUCUUUUGCUGUAAUG